AUGUUAGUGGAUACAGGUGCAAACGUAACUCUUUUAAGAACCGACUUAGGACAUAAAUUGAAUCAACAAUUUAUCUAUACGGCUCCUAACAUCUCUUUAACGACAGCUACUGGUGAGAAAGCUAACAUACACGGAAAGUUGGAUUCAUGGAUUGAAUGUGGUUCCAGACGAUUGCAACACAAAGUUUACGUGGCUGACAUCACCGAUCCAUGCAUACUUGGUCUGGAUUUUCUUCGAGAAUUCAACUUUACGGUAGACCUGGAAAGUAAUGAGAUACGGACAGGAGGGGAGGAAAUUCCUUUGUUUUCGGCCAAUGUAGAAUUUCCAAAGUUGUGCUCCGUAUUUGCAAAAGACUGUAAUAACAGCAAGAUCUGA